GUGUAGCAGUAUAUGCUUUAGAAAUGAAGUUGGACCAACCAUCAAUUCUUUUUAGACUGGAGAUGAAAAUGGUACUCUCCCUGCUUGUCAUUUUACGUGGCAUAGUUGAAAUUUCAUAAUUCAAACUUUAAACUUGAAUCAUUAUUCGUACAUAGAGAAUUAUGAAGUCGCUACCCUUAAGGUGCGUGCUAGAUAAAACUGCUCUUGUGCGCUUGCAAAUCAUACAAAAACAUGUAAACUGCAUGAGCUUGAUUGAGAUGGGAUGAGGCCAACUUAGCUGGCUGAUUAUAAUAACUUACAACUAUUAACGAUUUAAAAUAUUUAAAACAAGUAAUAUAUACAAGAACGGUACAGCAGCACCUCUUCGUCGACGUGCUUACUUGCUUCUUGAUUUACUAUAUCACCCUAAUUAAUUAUUAUAUGUCAUUUACGUAAUAAAAAAUUAGUAGUAUUCUGAUAUAUAAAGAAAUUCUGAUCAAUGGUAGCAUAAAAUAAAAUUGUAAAACAAUUAGAGAGUAACUCCGAUCAUUAAGCCAAAAAAUUCUGCCUGUUUUGGGUGUCCUGAUAUUUGAAGCAGUAAAAGGAAAGACAGAGACUGACCACCUCUCCAAGUUAAAAAGACCAGUACCAUAAACCACUGCCUUGUUCUUCACUCAACUUUUCCUACCUUUUCGAAUCUUAACAAACCUUCUUCUUUUACUCUUACACACACACAUAUAUAAUCUCAUGUCUUUCAUUUUCCAUUGCCAUUCUCGCAAAUACCAAAAGAGUUACAAGAAUCAUAAUAUGGAUAAUUCAGUAGCAAAUGGCACAUCUUCCUGCAUCCAAGACACACAUUCUUCUUCCAUUAUGGCGAGCCCUGACGCGACCCUUGGUCGCCAUUUAGCCCGAAGACUAGUUGAAAUUGGCGUUGGUGAUGUCUUCUCAGUGCCUGGUGAUUUCAACCUGACACUUCUUGAUCACCUUAUUGCUGAGCCAAAGCUUAAGAAUAUUGGUUGUUGCAAUGAGCUUAAUGCUGGAUAUGCGAGGGAUCGAGGCGUUGGUGCAUGUGUUGUCACGUUCACUGUGGGUGGUCUCAGUGUGAUUAAUGCAAUUGGUGGUGCUUAUAGUGAGAACCUCCCUAUUAUCUGCAUUGUAGGAGGUCCUAAUACUAAUGACUAUGGUACUAAUAGAAUACUGCAUCAUACUAUUGGAUUGCCUCAUUUCAGCCAAGAACUUAGAUGUUUUCAGACUGUUACAUGUUAUCAGGCUGUGGUGAAUAACUUGGAGGAUGCACAUGAACAGAUUGAUAGAGCCAUUGCCACAGCUCUAAAAGAAAGCAAGCCAGUAUACAUUAGUAUAAGUUGCAAUUUGCCAGCCAUCCCUCAUCCAACUUUCAGCAGGGAUCCCAUUCCAUUUUGUCUAUCACCUAGGCUAAGUAACAAGAGGGGGUUGGAAGCUGCAGUGGAUGCAGCAGUGGCCUUUCUAAGCAAGGCAGUGAAACCAGUCAUGAUUGGAGGGCCAAAGCUAAGAGCAGCUAAAGCUUGUGAUGCUUUUGUUGAACUUGCUGAUUCUUCAGGUUAUGCCAUGGCAAUGAUGCCAUCAGCAAAAGGGCUAGUAGCUGAACAACACCCUCACUUCAUUGGCACUUACUGGGGUGCAGUAGGCACAUCCUAUUGCGCGGAAAUUGUUGAGUCCGCUGAUGCUUACUUGUUUGCUGGUCCGAUCUUUAAUGACUACAGCUCCGUUGGGUACUCGCUUCUGAUCAAGAGAGAAAAAACGUUAAUCGUGCAGCCUGAUAGAGUUGUAAUUGGCAAUGGACCAGCAUUUGGUUGUGUCUUCAUGAAAGAUUUCCUCUCUGAACUAGCAAAGAAAGUAAAGAAAAACGAAACUGCUUAUGAAAACUAUCGUCGGAUCUUUGUUCCUGAAGGAACUCCUCUAAAGUCGCAGCCUAAUGAACCUCUAAGGGUCAAUGUUCUGUUCCAGCAUAUACAGAAGAUGCUUUCAGCUGAUAAUGCUGUGAUUGCUGAGACAGGGGAUUCUUGGUUCAAUUGCCAGAAGCUUAAGUUACCAGAAGGAUGUGGGUAUCAAUUCCAGAUGCAAUAUGGCUCCAUUGGUUGGUCUGUUGGUGCUACCUUGGGCUAUGCACAAUCUGUACCCGAAAAACGUGUGAUAUCUUGCAUCGGUGAUGGAAGUUUCCAGGUUACAGCACAAGACGUAUCAACAAUGAUUCGUUGUGACCAAAAGAGUAUCAUUUUCUUGAUUAAUAAUGGUGGCUACACCAUUGAAGUUGAAAUACAUGAUGGACCGUACAAUGUAAUCAAGAACUGGAACUAUACUGGCUUAGUGGAUGCUAUUCACAAUGGUGAAGGCAAUUGUUGGACCCAGAAGGUAAAGACUGAAGAGGAACUCAUAGAAGCAAUUGCAACUGCUACUGGAGAGAAGAAAGAUUGUUUAUGCUUCAUUGAAGUUAUUGUUCACAAGGAUGAUACUAGCAAAGAGUUGCUUGAAUGGGGAUCCAGAGUUUGUUCUGCCAAUGGUCGUCCACCAAACCCUCAAUGAGUUUGUUAGAUUAAUUUUUUUCUAGCAAUGUCAACAGUCUGGUUUUUAUCUUAUCUAGAAUGAGGUGGCACUUUUCUCUGAGCUUUGAUAAUUAGCAGGCUGAUUACCAUAUAAUAAAAUGGAUUUUUGGACUAAUUA